AAAUGCAUAUUAUUUGAGGUUGUUUUAUUGCUAAAAAUUGUGUUAGAAUUUUAAAAAUUAGCCACAAUUAAUUAUGAUAAUAAUCAACUUAAAUGUAGUUUUAACCAUUUGCUAAAUGCAAUUUUGAUUAUUAUUAUCAUUCGACUGCAUAUUCCUGUUAUAGACAAACUAGCAUAUAAGCCCUUCCUAAAGUAGUGUUUAUACUUAAUGUUCACGAUAUUAUUACGUCCCCAUAGCGUUCUUCGACAUUCAUGCGCCAGGUUUAUGCUUUUCUCAAAUUUUUACUUUUCACGAUCGCAUUAGUUUCCGCUAUCUGUGGUUGAGAGGAAAGUAUAAACCCGUAAAUUAAAGAAUUGAAUAAAACUAACUUUAAAAAAAAACAUUCUCAGGUGAGGUGAUUAAAAACUAAUAAACAAGUUUAUUGUUCUGGAAAUAUGUAACACCACCAUCAUCAUUAACGAUCACAAAUUCCGAACCUGCGGCUUUUAAGAAUGCUACCAUUUUACUCAAUUUCAGGCAUUCUGUAAAAUAUACAUACAGAAGGAUAUUAUCCUUGUGCAGCAAAACUUUUUGUUCUUGUCCUUCACUAAUUCUGGGACCAGCCUUUGACCUUCUUAUAAGCUUUCCUCAAAUAUUUAACACUAUACCAAAGUAUCACAUAAAGCCGCAGGUUCGGAAUUUGUAAUUGUUAAUGAUGAUGGUGAUGUUAUAUAUUUCGAGAAUAAUAAACGCUUGUUUAUAAGUUUUUAAUCACCUCACCUGAGAAUGUUUUUUUUAAAGUUAGUUUUAUUUAUAGGUUUUUAAUCAGUUAUUUAUUAUAUUAUAUUUAUGACAAUCAUGAAAUUUUGAUAAUGUGCGCCAAAUUUGGCAAUCUGUGCCAAUUUUGGCAAUUUGCGUAAAUGUUGCAAAAGUUGUCAUAGAAUGCAUAGGAAAAAGUUCCUGAGUUUUCAUCCGAUUUCUUUGCGGUUGCUUUUGAUGGGUGCUCUAUUAUAUGCCACACAAUAAUCUCAAUUGUAAUCACUACAUUUAGCUGACAAAAGUUGAUCAAACGCCCGUUUUAAAAUUUAACAACGAUUUAAAAUGGAGUAGAAUGCAAGUUUAUGAGCGUAGCAGUUGAAAAGACACUCCGCAUUACGAUUCCCCGAAAUAUUUGUUUCAAGAUUUUUUUUGAUACAACAAACCGUUCGGUCGCUAUCUUCGUGCGCAUAUCCAGAAGGGGUCCUUGAAUGCAUACUAAGGCUUCGCCGUUACCAUGUACAUUUUUUCAAAUGUCCUAUGGUUACUAGCCUCACCUGAGAAAAAUUGCACUGCAAAAGUCAUUUUCGUUGUCAUAGUGAUUGAUUUUUAAACUUUUCUUAAGCCUUCCUCUAUGCUUCACGCGUCCAAAAGUAGAACCGAGUUCAACUUCCGUAGCGAUCAUGAAGCGGUCGUGAAAAUCACGUGAAAAUGAAGCAUAAAUCCAGAAAGCGAUUAGGUGGCGAAUUUCUUGGCGAUCGUUAAGGUGACAUGAUGGUUACGCGUCGAGACCAUAAACCCGUUAUUUGUCAAUUCUCUUAGCGAUCGCUAAGAGUAAUCGUGAACUAUAAACGGACCUUAGGUGGGGCAAAAAGUUGAAUCACCUAAAAAAUCACCUAAUUGCAAAACUAACAAAAUUGAAAUGGAAUAUUUUGGUAAAAAUUUUGGGACACGAUAGUGAAUUAUUCCUGGCUCCCUUCUGAAAGUUUCUCAUGUUAUCUCCGAAAAUUUUGACCAUGAUUAAGAAAUUGGGAGAGGUACGGAAAUUUUACGUAACGUAGGUUUGCAAACUGCCUAUUAUGAAUUACCUAAAUAACGACAUGAGUAAUCAAAUGAACACAAAGAUAUUUCAUUUCGACUCAGUUCUAUUGUUAUUUGACGAUGUCAACAUUAUGUAAAAAAUCCUUCCAAUCCAGUAUCAAGCAUUUAACACAUUAAACCUCACUUAAAUAACGUUGAUACACACAUAAUUUGACAACCAAAACUUAAUGAGUUAUUAGGGUGCUGAAUUAUUUUAACGUUAUUAUCAUGUUGGAAUAGAUAUUUGUCCUCCUGCUAUUAACUCGAUAAUAGCUUCAUUAACGGUUUCCAUUACACGUUUAGCAUCCAUCACCUCGAUAUAAAAAUAUUCACUUCCCCCUUGAAUUCCAUCAAUUGGCCUCCUAUUUGGGAAAAGUUGUAGGUGCGUCACAGACUCUAGCAUAAGUCUACGGAAGCAUAGCUUGAGUUAUUCACUCCAAUAUAAAUAAUUAUGUAUAUAUAUACAUACUAACCUGAGUGGGGUGACUAUCUCAAACAGGAUUUCGUAAUGUUCGUUGUUAUGUUUGGCCGUCUCUUCAACUCUAGUUACAAAACGACGGGAUGUUUCACCAAUUUUGACAUGAUUCAUAUCAAUUGCUUUGCUUUGCUUUCGUCAGUCCAUGUCUUGGGAUGACGCCGGUACAUGUAAUUGUGUCCUCCACCAUCCUUUUUGUUGUGUAUAUUAGGAAUAGCUCCUCGAGAUAAUCUGGCAAAAGCUUCAGGAGUGAAAAACUUUACCAUCCAUUCCGGUGCAUUACUGUAAACAUGAACGGAAAUUAUUUCAGGUAUUGAAUGACAGCCUUAAUCAUUACUUACAAUGUGUCUAACACCGGGUAAUUUUUCCAAUAGUUUAGGGGAUUAUGGCCACCCGUCACGAACAUUUCAGUUUCCCAUGUUCGAAUUUGCAUAGGGUUGGCAUUAGGAUACCUGGAGUUGGAAUAUAUCAUGUGCUCCCGGUUAGGGGAUAUUUUGACAAAUGUUAAACCGACAUCCUUUCCAUGGAGACUGAUAAUCUUUGUUUCUCCGAUAGACAUCCAAGCAUUUAUAAGCGGGUUUUCUUCAAAAUAUCGUCCACUUGAAAUAUACAUUAUUUUUAACUAUAUUAAAUUUACGCUCCGAUCUGACAAUGUGGAUUAAACCUGACGGAAAUAUAAUUUUUGAAAGCACUCACUUUUCAUCUGGGAUCAAUGUUUGACGAUCCCUAUUGUUGCGGUUUAAAAAUUCUGCAUCUUGAGUAAUCUGUAUCGUUUUCCAAGCGGCCAAACUACGGGUAGUAGAACUUUUAGCAGAUCGCCACAUUAAUCUGGACGUUUGAAUUGGAGAGGGUCCAACAAAGAUUAGAUCCCACCCAAAAACCCUCCGCCAAGCUCCAAUGGGUGCGUAUUUAUCUUCUUCUAAUAGUGGGUGUUGGAAGUAAAGAACCCCGUCUCUAUGAUAUUAAAAACAACUUAAUUGCAUAUUGCCACCAAUUAAUAUUAUUUAUCUGGUACCGCUCUUCUGGUGCAACUGAAAGCCGGUCAAGCCAGUAGACAUUCUCAGCAUUAGUAACGCUGUAAGAAAAUAAAACUCUAACAAGGGCGCCUAUAUAAAUUUGAACAUGUAUUACUUACUAGAAGAAUUUAUCACCCUCCGCAGUUGUCACCCAUGUUUGCAAGGUGUUUGUCUUUUUCGAGGCUUUCUUUCUUGUAAAUCGCGGCACACCAUUUUUUAAACCUGCGAAAAUUAUGGUAAACCCUCGAACAAUCGAAAUAAGGAUUUCUUCUCCAACAAAGACUGUACGCUGGAGGCAAGCCAAGUAGUGUGACUCGGUUGUAACUGUAGAAAGUGAAGUGCUGUAGGUGGUUCCUAAAUAUUCUGGAGCCCUCAGAGGUGUGUCUUGUCCAAAAACGUCAAUCCUCCGGAUCCACUCUAUUGCCUCUUCUUUGGUAACGUAGUUCCCGGUUCUGGAUUAAAUCAAUUAGUCAAUUUAUUUUCAACUUAUGUUCUAUAAAGACCGGUUUGGUGUUAAACCAUCUGUGAUGGGGAAACCAGUGGCAAAAUAUCUGUAUCUAACAGUGAACAGGAGACCCGUGGCCAAAUAUUUUACAUAAAUGACAUACUUAGACGUAUAGUCUAGGUUGUAACAUUAUAUUUGUGACGCCGUUGCGAGGCGACACUUUUCUGCGAUACAUUUUGUAAUUUUUGUAUUGAUUCUGCGAGUAAGGUGUGAUUUGGUUUGUCUAUCCCACGAUCUUUUUCAUGCAAUUCUGUAUAAUUAUCAUGUCUUCAACAAAUUUGAGUUAUAUUUUUGAAUUAAAUAAUGACCUUAAGUAAUACCUUCUAUAAGCAUCAACUAUUGCCCUGAUUCCUCUUGGUCCAUAGUACUAUCGGUAAAUUUCCACAAUGGGCCCUUUGGAGUACCGCGAACGCAUUCCAGUUCUUUUCUCUUAUCGACAGAGAAAACAAUUCGCUCGCCCUCAACAAUAUACCGUCCCAAGGUAUUUUCAAAAAAUUUGUUUGUGUCUUUGCUGCUUAAUUUAGACUGGAUGGAGUCAUAAUUUGUGGUCCCGCCAAGUUUCCGUAAUGAAAUAUCUUGAGAUGUCCACUCCUUUUGUUCGUUCUCAUUCGGCUGUUGAUAUGGGUCAGGAAAAGUAUUAUAUUCUUGUGGUUGAAGAACAGUCCUAGAAUUAUUUAAAAAAUCACAUUGCUUCAAUCUUUAUGUAGUUCUAGUGUCUCAUUAGUACUUUGGUAGUUAGUUCGAUAUUUCUUAAUUUUUACCUUUGCUGAUCAGUAUUUGGGAGUUGGUCUUGAGAUCCACCAGCUACAAGGGAUGACUCAGAUAGUGUAGGGAGAGGGAUCAGUGAACCUUUAAAUGAUUGAGAUCCACCAGCUGCAGGAAAUGGUCCAGAGAGUGUAGGGAAGGGAAUUAUUAACCCUCCUAACUGUUGAACUUGAGAUCUAUCAGUGACAGGAAACGGUCCUGCGAGUGUGGGAAGGGGAGGUAAAGGAACUAAUUCAUCCCCCAAUGGAACGGCGGAAACGAAAUAUUUGGAGAACAAAAUCCAGAAAAUCAUGGCUCGACGCAAAGAGAUGUCUUUAAAGAGAAUCACCUUUCCAGAUUCCUCCGUACACCCUGUGUAAAAUAUGGAAUUAUUAUUUAUAUUCUGUGGAAAUUAAUUCCCUACAAAAUACUACAUUCGAUAUAUCGUUGGCUUAAGUCUAUAUAAUGAAAAGUGCGCUGGUUAGUUUUAUAUUUUUAGGUCGUAAAAUAAUUUGGGUGACUUGUGUUUGCAUUGUUUUAGAACCGACAUUGUUGCACAUAUUUUACUGAAACCCGGUUUUAUUGAAAAAUACUAACAAAGUGAGCUCAAAGCGCAGAGUUACAAACCUAACGAAGUUGCGCAGUUUUUCUUAUUAAAAUUUAAACUCAUUUAAUAUAUAUAAAUAUAAUGGAGUUUGAGGACUUACUAUUUCCACAGGUAACCUGGGUCGUUUCUUCGGAUCUAUUCUUUAAAAUACUUCACUACGAAUUGAAUUUUGUAGAUGAUGAAAUUUGUGAAUUUAUGGAAAAAAUUGCCUCAUUGAGGCAAUUCACGCACUCCUUGGUAACUUCGUACAUAUAUAUUUAAAAAUAAAUCUUGAAGAAGUGAGGUAUAUGGCGACUUGUGAAUUAGAGUGUCUUGCAGUUGUGUUGAUGAGAAACUAAAGUAAUGCUUCAUUAUUUCCUACGUUCUCAUUCUUCUUUUCUGCUUCAAGUUAUUUUAGAUUUUAGCACAAAGGGUCAAAUUCUAAUGAGUUCUUUUCCCUCGUUUUCCCUUCACUUACUGGAUGUAUGAGGUGGUCAGACUUAUUUAUAGAAUCUAGAAUCCCAAGCCCAAUCGAUUGGGAUUCUGUUAACAAGUCUCACAUAUCCAGUAGGUGAAGGGAAAACGAUAAAACGAGGGAAAUGAACUCGUUAGAAUUUGACCCUUUGUGCUAUAUUUUUGGAGUCCUCCAAGAAAUGGCAGCACCUCAUGGACAUGGACUUAAAAAUAGACCGAGGUUGGGAUUUACAUGUUAGGUUUUCAAGGGCUUGCUUUCAAAGGGUAGUUGCACCCUUUUUUCUCUCAGUCGUCCACAUGAGUCGUACACAUUCAGUCUUCCCAUAUUUUAGCAAUUAUCAUUAACAUUUUAAAUAUCACUUCUUUUGGCAUGCUGAAACUUAAAAUUCUCGUGCUCUUAUCGAGUGUUUUCGUUUCAUAUGCUUGUUUACGUUCCCAGGAAAAUACUCCACAUUUCAUCAUAUUAAGUGCCAUAAAUCUUACUGACAUUCCAAUUUCCUCCCGUGUCACUCCUAUUUCUAAACCUGACAAAAACGCUAAACUUUACCUCUUUUACGCGUAUUCCAAGUCCGACUGUAUAAAUGUCUCGGAUGUUAAUUCAUUUGAGGGUGGAAAGCGUGGAGUUGGUUUGAGAGUUUGGACUAGACUUUAUUUGUUCAAAACUACAAACUGCACUGGCGAAGCCUAUAUUAUUGAUGAAAACUGCUCAUUUAAUUUGUGCUUCCCUCCAUCAUUUUCUUCUAUUGGGGGUCCGUCAUUCCCAUAUGACUUUUCAGAAGAAAGAGAUUUGGACAUCCUUAAUAGCUGCGAACCUGAGGAGCGAACAGUUACACUCGUAAAUUCUGAUAACACAACAGGCUACAAGGACCAGGAAGAGGAUUAUACUCAUGAAGUAUCGGCAAUUCACACAAGCAGCAAUACGAAGGGUUCAUCAUUCAGCAACACUUAUGCAUCCGGAGCAUCAGUCGAGGUCGGAGUGGAUGUGUCCAAGAGCAGCACACUUGGAGGUGGUGUGGGUUCACAAGUGCCCCCUCUCAACUUACAAAAGUUUGUUUCCGUACAAAUGACCUGGCGAAUUUUUCAAAAAUUUGCUAGCCACUUCUCUCAAACCUCAUGUACUGCCUACAAUUGGUCAAACAGUAGUCAAUUUCAGGAAUCCAGCCGAACUGUUCGCCAUCGGAAAAUAUUAGUCCCCACUUGUGUGAGGACUGUUCUUAUACAAAUCGCUGGGGUGUGUGGUCCUUUUUCUGUGAAAACAGAAAAAUUGAUUCGCACGGACUACGAUCGUUAUGGCAACGCUUUUGGAUCGCACUUCAUUUUUAAUCCUGUACAAAUCGGUAAUGUUUCUGUUUCAAUCCCUGGUUCUGUGCUGGAAUAGGGGUUUACCUAGGAAUUUAAUCCAUUACAUUUUUGGUUUCAAAUCACACUUUAUAAAUAAAUAUAAACGAUGAAUUAAAUGUUAAUUUUUAUUACGCAUUUCUCUAUUUCUCAUCAUCAUUCAUGCAAUCACCCGAUUUUGGGCUAGGCCAUUUAUGCCCCACCUAAGUUUUAUUUUUUCCUUAUGUGCAUCGACUGAAUUUUCGUGUUGUUUGGGUACAUCGCAUGUGGAGAACGAACGAGGGGAACAGGCUACCUUAUCCCCAUCAGGAAUAUGCAGUUGACAAUUGUUUAGUAUUUUUUAAAUUACAAUUAACUUAACAACAAUUAGGUUCUGUCCAUUAAUUAUGUAACGCGUUACGCCUAUCUUACCAUGUUAAAUAUAGCAUAGAAUGAUAGCGACUCGUGCGUUACGUAUUUAUGGACCUAUAUGUAACGCACGAGUCGCUAUCAUUUAAUGAUAUUAAUAGAUUUAAAUUUUAUAAUUUUAAAUAAAGUUGAUUUAAAAGUAAUUUUUACAUUCAUGAGUA